UUUAUUUGUAAUUAAUUUUUCGGUGAAAGGUGUCUUGUAGUGCAGUAUUUUUUUUAAAUCAGUAAUAAAAAUCAGUGAAAUAAAUCAAUUACAGACCAAUUUUCUUAUUUUUUUUUUUUUAAAUUUGUUGUUAAGAAAAUCCUAAUUUUAUUUUCUGAUCUGCCAAAAUGUGUGACGAUGAUGUUGCCGCUUUAGUUAUUGAUAAUGGAUCCGGUAUGUGCAAAGCCGGAUUUGCCGGUGAUGAUGCUCCAAGAGCUGUUUUUCCAUCCAUCGUUGGACGACCACGUCAUCAGGGCGUCAUGGUUGGUAUGGGCCAAAAAGAUUCGUAUGUUGGUGAUGAAGCUCAAUCAAAACGAGGUAUUUUGACCUUGAAAUACCCAAUCGAACACGGUAUCGUAACGAACUGGGAUGACAUGGAAAAAAUCUGGCAUCAUACUUUCUACAAUGAACUUCGAGUUGCACCAGAAGAACAUCCUGUUCUUUUGACUGAAGCUCCAUUGAACCCGAAAGCCAAUCGUGAAAAGAUGACGCAAAUUAUGUUUGAAACAUUCAACACACCAGCAAUGUAUGUCGCCAUUCAAGCUGUGCUUUCGUUGUACGCUUCUGGUCGUACUACCGGUAUCGUUCUUGAUUCUGGUGAUGGUGUAUCACACACUGUACCAAUCUAUGAAGGUUAUGCUCUUCCACAUGCCAUUCUUCGUCUUGACCUUGCCGGUCGUGAUCUCACCGAUUACCUUAUGAAAAUUUUGACCGAACGUGGUUAUUCUUUCACCACCACCGCUGAAAGAGAAAUCGUUCGUGACAUCAAAGAAAAACUUUGCUAUGUAGCUUUGGAUUUCGAAACAGAAAUGGGAACUGCUGCUAGCUCAUCGUCAUUGGAAAAAUCAUAUGAAUUGCCCGAUGGUCAAGUCAUCACAAUCGGUAACGAACGUUUCCGUUGCCCAGAAGCUUUGUUCCAACCAUCAUUCCUCGGUAUGGAAGCUAAUGGCAUUCACGAAACCACAUAUAAUUCAAUUAUGAAAUGCGAUGUCGACAUUCGUAAAGAUUUGUAUUCAAACACUGUUUUGUCUGGUGGUACAACCAUGUAUCCUGGUAUUGCCGAUCGAAUGCAAAGAGAAAUUACAGCAUUGGCACCAUCAACAAUGAAAAUUAAAAUAAUCGCUCCACCAGAACGAAAAUAUUCCGUAUGGAUUGGUGGUUCAAUUUUGGCUUCAUUAUCAACAUUCCAACAGAUGUGGAUUUCUAAACAAGAAUAUGAUGAAUCAGGACCAUCAAUUGUUCAUCGUAAAUGCUUUUAAAAAAAAUUGACAGAGCAACUAUAAAACUUGGAAAGCAAAAUUCAAAAAAAAAACAAA